AUGUCCGUCGACACGGACGAGCGUGACCAUUUCCAGGCCGUGCUGCGCGCGUGGGAUGACUACUUGCCGUACUCACUUCACCGGAACAAUGAACGGCGUUCUUCGCUGUAUGCACAGCCGCACGAACACCAGGCUAUGCUCAGCCGCCUAUCCACACCUGUGCCUGGACCGCCUGGCACGCCUGGCGCCUAUGCAGGGUUUCGAGACAAGCUGAAUGAGAUGGAUGAUCGGAUUCGACGAAACGCCGACGUAUUGUCUUCUAUGGCACAAUUCUGUCAUUCCUUCUUGGGAAUCAUGAACACGGAGCCAAGUAUGCCUCCGCGCACGGAGCAGCCAACGCGCUCUGUAUCGGACCGUGACCAAGAUCGUGUGCGCACUGUGCUCAAACAAAUGGUACGCGACUGGAGCCAGGAGGGUGCAGAAGAGCGCAAGCUGGCGUACGAUCCCAUUAUUGAAGCCGUCGUAUCCCGCGUGCCGCGAAACAGACGCGUUUUGGUGCCUGGUUCGGGGCUGGGGCGCCUGGCCUUUGAAUUGACUCAACGUGGCUACGCGUGUCAAGGCAACGAAUUUAGUUAUUUUAUGCUGAUUCCUGCGCACUUUAUCCUGAAUUGCACGGAACGCAUUCAUCAGCAUGCACUCUUCCCUUUUGUUCAUUCAGCGAGUAACUGGCGCUCGGCGAGUGAUAUGCUGCGCUGUAUCCACGUGCCUGAUGUGCUUCCAUCGAGUCUGCCAGAAGAGGCUGAUUUUAGUAUGGUGGCCGGCGAGUUCGUGGAAGUAUAUGCGAAGCCUGAAGAGCAUGGCGCAUGGGACGUCGUAACAACAUGCUACUUUAUGGAUACAGCCAAGAACGUGUUGAGGUACCUCGAAGUGAUCAAUGCCGUGCUGCCUAUAGGAGGCUUGUGGAUCAAUGUGGGACCAUUGCUGUGGCAUUUCGAACACGAUACGGAACCGAGUCUGGAAUUGACGUUAGAAGAGCUACUCGCUCUGGCAGUCGAGUGCGGCUUUGAGGUGGAAGAGCGCCGCACACUCGCACCGCAAACCUACACGGGUGCGCCCCUUUCCAUGUUAUCUCACCACUAUGUCCCCGAAUUCUGGGUUUGCAAAAAAGUACGGCACCAUCCUAUGGCGCCUAGCAUAUAG